AUGCUUCGGGUUUUUGUUCCUUUACUUUUGCUUCUGGUUGCUGUCACAUCCAGCCUAGCCACAGCAAUCAAAAAAAGACCACCUCAAACACUGUCAAGAGGUUGGGGAGAUGAUAUAACAUGGGUACAAACCUAUGAAGAAGGGCUCUAUAAAGCAAAGAAAAGCAACAAGCCAUUAAUGGUUAUCCUUCACUUGGAAGACUGCAAGUACUGUCAAGCACUGAAGAAAGUUUUUGCUGAAAAUGACGAGGUCCAGGCUAUGGCUGACAAAGAUUUCAUUAUGUUAAAUCUAAUGCACGAAACCUCUGACAAGAACCUUGCACCUGAUGGCAAAUAUGUACCACGCAUCAUAUUUGUAGAUCCUUCCAUGACUGUGAGAGCAGAUAUCACAGGGAGGUACUCAAACCGGCUCUACACAUAUGAACCACAAGAUAUUCAAAUCUUGAUUAACAGCAUGAACAGAGCGAAACGUUUGUUACCAGCAGAGCUAUAA